AGCCGCCACCUGUUUUCAUUUUAAAGAACGGUAACUCUUGUGCGAAAACGAAAGUAGGCUAGCGUGGGACAGAAAACGAAAGUAGACCAAGGCCAGGUAAGGAAAUCUGUUAAGAGUUUAGAAGGCAAUAGCAAUGCUCAUAUUCAGCAAUACAGACUCUAUCUUUCUACUUACAAACUGUCUACCCCUGCCGUGAUUGUAUAGACAGGACCACGUGUACGUUUCAAUAACGAGCGAGACUUGCAGAUGCCUGAACGUUAAGCUAGAAAUGAUAUUCCAAACCACAUUCUAACCAAUGGAGUCACAUGUUAUGAUGGAAGCGCAGUUUACAGACCCGUUCCGGCGGGAUGAAUGGGAACAGUUGAUAAUCUGGUUGCGUGAUAAUUUCGAGCAGGAUGAACUUGAAAAAGUGAUGUAUUUUUACCAAGAUGAGGGAAAGAUGGAAACAGAUGAAGAAAACAACAAGGAGAACUUGAGGCAAAAAUUUUAUAAUACCAUCGAUGGUGAUGAGGACAAACUGCAAGCAGCCCUAAAGUUACAGAAUGUAAUGAAAGCUCGACAACUUCACUCUGAUCUGGGCGAAAACCUUGCAGACAAAAUACAGGUUUUUAUAGAUCGUCUGAAAACAUACCGCGCAAAAUUCGAGGUGGAAACGAAACAAGUUUUCAUUGGUAGGGACGAGGUAGUGGAACUUGUUAUGAAUCUCAUAAAUAACGACGGAGAUAUUUCAGCUGUCGGACUAUGUGGUAUUGGAGGACAAGGUAAAAGUUUGCUAGCGAAGCAAGUUUGUAUGAGACUAGCAGCUUCCUCUCCACCGUGGAUAAUUAUAAAAGCGGAUUUACGCAAUAAGCUGGCUACAGUCGACGUGAUCAAGUCAUUGUUGGCAGCCGACGGCGGGAACUUUCCUAUGUAUGGUGAACAGAAACAGUUACAGAAUGUGUUGAAGCAGCGUAUAAGUCAAACUGAAACGGAUGUUUUGUUUUGUUUAGAUGAUUGUGACCAUGUAUUGAAGAAAGAACGAUAUCAGUUCAUGGACUUUCUCAACAAUGUUAUUAUGACAGCCAGUGAAAGCAAACAGAAGGUAAGAUUAUUGCUGACAAUGCGGGAAAAAUUACAAGAACGUGGUGAGAAAGAACAUAAAUACACUCUCAAAAUGUCAAGGAGGUUCGCGGAAGUGGAGUUACAUGAGCUUGAACAGGCAGAUGCCGAAGAUCUAUUGAGAACAUGCGCGAACACCGAUAUUGACGCACAUGUGGCUUCAGCAAUUGUGAAAGAGUGCGCAUGCUCACCACUGGCUGUGACUGUUGUUGCCGAACUUAUAAAAAAUGGGAAGUUUACUCCAGAAAGGCUCAUGUUUAAUCUGCAGAUGGAUAAGAAAAAUGUUACAAAGGCGCUGAAGGUUGACAGUUGUAUUAAAGAAGCGAUAGAUAACUUGGAUACAAACCCCAAGAAGGCACUUGUGUAUCUUUCUGUUUUCCAGUCUUCACCAUUCGACCUUGAAUCUGCAAGCAGAGUCAUAGGACGACUUGGCAGUGAGCUGCAAGACCUGUACAACUGUCAUUUGAUAGAAGCAGAAGAAUUGGGAUCACUUAAAGAUAAGAAACAAAAGAUGUUGUAUUCGCUGCAUCCUCUUGUAUUUCGCUAUAUUUCUGAAUGGAAGAAACCAAAUGAAUUGAAAUCUGCUUACCAAAAUUUCGUUUCCCAUUAUGAGAAAAUUGUCAGCUCUGUGGUCAAGUUAUUGGAAUCAAAGUACUGGAAGGGUCAGAAAAAACUGGAAUCCCACAAAGUUCACAUCCUGAAGUUCUAUGAAAUAAUGUCAGAGCAUCCCGAAUUACUGAAAAGCCAUUCGAAGAAGACCGAUGACAAAGGCCUGUUAGUAAAGAAAAGGAUGUCCGAUCUGGCUGACAUUCUACUUUCACUCGUACAAAACCGACGUAUGUUUCAGUCGGAGGCAGACAGAGCUUUAAAGGCGAGAAAUGUGUCUGUAUACAUAUUCUGGAUGGUAGAGAAAGCAGACGUCUUCUUGAUGCUACACGACAAGGUUGAUAUUGCUUUGGAAAUACUUGACGAACUAAGUGAUAAAUAUCCAGCGCUACGAGGUCUACAUGACGAACCAUUUUACCCUGGCUUUGUACAUGGCUUGUUCCAUAAAGUGAAGGGAUUAUGUCGGUGGAAGCAGCAUCAACAUCAAGACGCCCUUGCGCAUCUACAGUUAUCUAUAAGGUUUUAUAAUCAGGUCCAACUUCAGUGCCGUCGACUGCCUGACGAUAAAACUCCAUACGAUAUCUUCGUCGCCAGAAUAAAAUGCUACAUGGGGCAGGUGUAUUUGGACAGCGGAGAUUUCGGAAGAGCAGAUCAGUUUCUCACAGAAGCGCACUCUCUUGUAAAGAGCAUGGUAGAAGCAAGGACUAGGGAAGAGGAUGAGCUAGCAAAGGAACUACAUUGGGACAUUCCAAGGUAUUACUACCAUUUCGCCAGAAUAAAGCUGAUGAAAGCAAAAUCUGAUGAAGAAAAACAUGUCAGAGAAGAAUUGCUUGAUAAAGCAUUGGAAGAUUUAGAAAAGGGAAUUAAGUUAGACGAACAUUUGAAACUGGACUAUCUUGAUGGAUACUACUCUAAGUACAAACUGCGCGCCGAUGUUAAUGUAGAGAAAGGACUGCUAAUGGAAGCGUUGGAUGACGCUAACUAUGUGCUAGAUAAACGCCGUGAGAUCUUACAACCGCCACAUACACAUUACACUGAAAGUGUCUAUCAGGUUGGAAGGAUAUACAUGCUGAUAGGAAAUGACCUUCAUCAAAAAGGAGAGACAGAAAAGGCCAGACGUUACUGGAUCUGUUCCAGCGACUAUUUCAAGGAACUGAAGAAGUGCCAUUUAAAGGAUGGAGGGAUUUCUGUUGAUAAUCCGGUAUUCAAAGAAAUCAGAAGAGAUCAUUUGAAAGUCACCGCACUCACUGGAAACAGACCGGAUGUAAACCAAAUAGAGCAUUUUUACAGAGAUGUUGAAACAGGUGCGUACGCACCAGAAAAGGCGUCCAGUAUAAAGUCUAUGAAACAGAUGAUGUGGACACCAGUGGAGAUGAUGAAGAAAUACUUUGGUGGUGGUGGAAAGGAGUUUGGCGACAAGGAUCAGGAGAUAACGAAAAUGGAAAACCUUGCUAGAGAACAACACGAGAGAAUGAUACGUGGCGAACCUAGUGGCGGUGCAAGAAGAGAUUCGGGCAUGGGACAUAGCAGUAGCGACUAUGGGGAACUUGGCGACAGUAUGUCAUCGGGCAGUGGGAGCAUGUCGGCACGCAUGGAUAGACUACGCCUAGAGAAAUCCAUAUCAUUAGAAGACGAUGUCUUUCAAGUGCCUGAUGAGACUGCUCCAGGUACAUCGAAAAAGUCGUCAAAGAAACGUCAGAAAACAAUCGAUGAAAACCAAGAGUCAUAAAACAUUUUAUUUGGAUUUUGAAAAUACAUUAAACAUAUUGAGUAAAUGAUGGUCGACAAUGAAGAGGGAGAAAUAUUCUUCCUCACGAUUCAAAUGAAUUCAUUCGUUUUGUGAAUGAAUGAAUGAGAAGAAACUGAUUGAAUGAAAUUGUGCAGAAAGUGAACAGUUUGACUGCUUCGUUCUGCUUAGACUAUAAUGCCAAGUGUACAUGACUUAAUGCUUACUUCUCAAUCACCUUGGAAGUUCAGCGUCAGCUGUGAAUUAAAGUCACCUGCGACGUUAAAAAGACCCGUUUUGGAACUGUUGUUGCCUAUAAACUGUUUAAUAUAGUGUUUAUUUGACGGUUUCCACAUUAGUUCAGUUAUAUAACGUCGCAAAGUUAACCUUAGUAGUUUUACUUGUUUCCGUACCAGUACCAACUUAUUUUUCGCUAGUAAUUAUAUUAAAUGUCUUACCCACACAUGACUGAGAGAUGGAAGCCGAAUAAAUGUAAAACAUAGUUAAUAACCAAUCGCCAUGUUGAAUAUGCGCCCACAGACCGAAUUCACUACUCGAUUGAAUCUUCUGGACUACUGAGAUAAUCAAUUACGCAUGCUCUAGUUCUCCACGAGUACCAACAAACAUUUUUUUAAAGUUCUCCAGUAUACCAUGCAUUUCAGAUGUUUUUAUGCCCCCGAAGGGAGGCAUAUUAGUUUUCAACUGUCCGUCCGUUCAUUAGUUCGUUCGUCACAACGUUAACUUUUUGCAUGAAGGCACUUUACUCGCGAACCACUGCACCCAGGACCUUCAAACUUCACAUGCUGAUAGUGCUUAUCGAGUACACGACCCCUACUGACUUUAGGGUCACCAGGUCAAAGGUCAAGGCGCUGCGGGGGCAUUUGUCACCAUUAGUGACAGUUCUUGUUUUUGUUUCGCGUGGGGGGGGGCACGGUUUACCUUUAAUAUUUUUCCUCACUUCUUUUUAUUUACAUAUUAGUAUUUAUAUUACUUUUAAUGAAUAUAUAUUUUAGUGCUUGUAUAUUUUUUUUCAAAGAAAUAUAUAUUUUAUGGACACAGCUAUACAGUCAUAUUUUUGACAAUAAAUUUAUGUGAGUGAACUACAGUUUCGGGUGGGUUUUUUUCUAAGUUUGAAUUUCUGCAACACAGUCUUAACAAUGGUUUAGUCUUUGGUAAAAUCCAAAAGCUUCUCUGGCUUUUUAUAUUUCAGUUUCCGCAACUAAGGUUAAGUAAUGACAAGUUUUCUGAAGCCAAAUGAUGCCCAAAAUGAAAAUAUGGAAUCGCAAUUGGUAAACACAAACACAAUUCAAACACAGACUGGGAGGUAGUUUUGUACUGCAGAAGUUAGAUGCGAUGUUCGUUUUAGAUAGACGGAAUUAAUAGGUUAUAUUCUCGAUUUUUGCAUUUUAAUAAAUGUAUUUAACAUUUUGCCAAUAACUGAAUAAUUGAAGUCUGCAGAUUAAAUGAUAUAUUAAUCGUUUGCUGAAAUAUGAAUUUAAUUUUUCAACAUCGGAUAUACCAAAAGUCUAACAUAUGUUACAGUAGUAAAAAAAAGACUUAUUUUUCUGUGUUAGUAUUUAUCAAAUUUUAGACAAUUUUCUACCACUUAAAUGAUAUUAAAGGUCUUACGAAAGAAGAGCGAGUCCUAAGGUUAUCAUCAAGGACUUAGAUAUUUAGCAUCCAAAAUGACUUAUGUUAAAUAUAUAUAGCUGAAGAUGAAUAACACAUAUGUUGGUCAUCAGAGACAUUUAUGGAAUACAAAAGUUAUCAGAAAUAUUUUGGAUGAGGUUAAAAUUCACUCCGGAAUUUGUUUACUCCAUCUCCUGACUUUCCGUCCUUCAGAAUUUAAAGAAACCUAAACAAUGUCUUCACCGAAUUUUCUAAUCCAACUCGAGUGAAUAACUUUUCAACCCCAACUGACCCGAUUAUUUUUCAAACCUUCAGGCCCUCUACACCAGUAAAAUCGAAAUAAUUUAUGGGGCCAACACAUGAUAAUAACACAAUAUUUUCCAGUUUUCUAGUAAAAGUUAUCAUUGUCGUCGUUUCAUUUUUCUGUCCAUUUUUUUCUGCUUCUUUUCGUCAACCUCGGGAGCUUCUUGGAAAAACCAUGGCGAUAAAAUGUUUACCCAAAGUAAAUAGAAUGCUCUACCUGGCGC